AUGCACAACAACAGCAUCCCAGUCAAGCGAACAACAUUUGCCCCAGGAGUGACAACACAACAGUUGCCCAUUGACCCAGAAGCAACAACAACCGUUUCCCCAGAAGCCACAUCCACAACAGCAUCUCCAGUCGAGACAACAACAACAGUUGCCCCAGGAGUGACAACAACAACAGUUGCUCCAGUAGCCACAACAACAGUGUCUCCAGAAGCCACAACAACAACAGUUGCCCCAGAAGUGACAACAACAGUUGCCCCAGAAGCAACAACAACAGUUGCCCCAGUAGCCACAUCCACAACAGCAUCUCCAGUUGAGACGAUAACAACAGUUGCCCCAGGAGUGACAACUACAGUGUCUCCAGAAGCCACAACAACAACAGUUGCCCCAGUAGCCACAACAACAGUUACCCCAGAAGCAACAACAACAGUGUCUCCAGAAACCACAACAACAAUAGUUGCCCCAGUAGUCACAACAACAGUUGUCCCAGUAGCCACAACAACAGUUGCCCCAGAAGCCACAUCCACCUCAGCAUCUCCAGUUGAGACGAUAACAACAGUUGCCCCAGGAGUGACAACAACAGUUGCCCCAGAAGUGACAACAACAGUGUCUCCAGAAGCCACAACAACAACAGUUGCCCCAGGAGUGACAACAACAGUUGCCCCAGGAGUGACAACAACAAUAAUUGCCCCAGUAGCCACAACAACAGUUGCCCCAGAAGCAACAUCCACCACAGCAUCUCCAGUCGAGACGAUAACAACAGUUGCCCCAGGAGUGACAACAACAGUUGCCCCAGAAGCAACAACAACAGUUGCCCCAGUAGCCACAACAACAGGUGCCCCAGUAGGGACAACAACAGUGUCUCCAGAAGCAACGACUACAGCAGUUCCAGAUCCCUGUGCUUCAAACCCUUGUGGCCAAGGAAGCACGUGUGAGGCUCGAGGUAAUAAGGGCUUUGUAUGCUUCUGUCUGGCUGGUGAUAACUACAACAACAAAACACAUCGUUGUGAGAAGGCCAAAGUUUUCCCUGUACACAUACACCUGCCUGACAUAGUAUUUGAAAACAGCAUGUCAGACAAGGCAUCACCAGCGUUCAAAAGGACUGCAGACCGUAUUACCAAAGAGCUGGAUGAGAUUUUCAGUUCUGAUCCUACUUACGUUCGAUCUAUAGUGCUGAAACUGUGGUCAGCUGGCAACAGGCUAUUAAGAGUGGAGAUUGCCACCAAUGCGUCUAUAGAGAUCAUCUACUCACCAAACUCUGCAAUCACAGCAUCACAAGUCGAACAACAGAUGGAGAAUGCCACCGAUUGCUCCAACUGUUCACUGGCCGGGGCAAUUUUUGUUGAGGAAGACCUGUGUAAGAGGAACCCAUGUGAUGUAUUCACCACAAGAUGCUCUUCAGGAGAUGGAAAUUUCAAGUGCACCUGUAUGGACGGCUAUAUUCCGAGUUACAACAACAGAAUGUGUCGUGUUUGUCCCACUGGACAAAAAGCAAAGAAUUCUGAGUGUGUCAACUGUCCAUUUGGUUAUUCUGGUUUUAACUGCAAUGAAUCAUGGCAGCUCACCCUGGUGAUCAUCUGCUCCGUGUUCAGCGCGCUGCUGCUCAUAGCCGUCAUUCUUCAACCGUUUGUCAUUCGCAGGUGGUCAAAGAAAAAGUCGAAGACGGACAAUACUGAAUUCGUUGGAAAUGUCUUCGUCAACCAGUCUGCUCCCAAGGGACCAUUGAUUAAUGGCCACUCAGUCAACAGCCAGGGAUCAGUCUUUGAUAAGGGGGUAGCCAGUGGCUUGGCAGCCUAUACCGAGGGUGGGAUUGUUAGACUUCCACGGGCAAAGGUCAACAACACCUGGAACAGCAACACCAGCCUGGAGAUGAGUGAAAGCAACAGUCGGCAAAACCUUGUCCCUGCAGGGAGGAACUAGUGGCUGAACAACAACCGUGGUGCCAGUAACACAUCCCUCAGACUUGAUCUCAGAACAACCCCAGUGAUCAGAUCAGAGACAGGGUUACAACACCCUUACUGUAUGUGAGAAAUUAACUUCUCAAAGACUCAAAGUGAUCUUGUCACCCCAUCUUAGUGCUGUUCACUAAUUUUGAAGCCAAGAGUUGUCAGCCUAUUGCACAAAAACUUUUAUCUGUUAAUUUACCAGUAAUUGUUUGUUGUUGUUGUUGUUGUUGUUGUUUUUAUUUUAUUUUUUAAAUAUUUUUAUUUGCAUAAAUAUUUGUUCUUCAGAUAAAAUUAAAAAUGUCUUAAUCUGCCAAAUGGGGCUUGUCAGGUGUGUUCAUAUAUUUUGUCACAAUUAAUUUGAAGACAUUGACAACGUUGAUAUGGUGUAUAUGUUUAAUGACUAAUUAAACUGUUGAGUGAAAUAGAGAUUUAAUAUUUCCACACAGAUCUUAGAGUAUAUAAUUCAUAAAAAUGUUUACAGGCCUACAUUACAAGAUUUUCUGUCAUAAACAAAAACAAUAGUCAAAUAAUCUUGCUAUUUUUUUGUUUUAAAUAUAUUUGACAGAAUACAUGAUUUUUCUUUAUAUAAAUAUGAAUAUUCAUGCAUCUGUAUGAACGGAUGUAUCUUUCUGUAUCCGUUUCUAUUGUUGUUAAUGAAUACUUAUGUAUUAAUCUGUGUAAUCACUGGACAUUUACUCUUCACAGCUGGAGAGUUAGAAACGGAUCAGUGUGACCCUUUAACAAAGAUUCCACUAAGUGUAAUUUUCUAUUUAUUUCUAUUUAUUAAGUCUAUCAUAUUUUGUGGGUUAUUGUUUCCUCCUUUUGUGGAAUAGUACAUUUACAACAGAAUCUGUCUAAAAAUAAAGAAAUUCAAUCUUUGA